AUGAAAAAUCUCCGUAUACCUCAACCCAAACAACUCCGCCUCAAUCAAGGUGUCUCGCGGCUGGGUCGGCAUAAGGUUUUUGAGGGGUCCCCGUGCCGAUUGGAGAUCUUCCCGAGCGUGGAGUGGCUCGAUGUUGCUUGGGAUAAAUUGUUGGCGAAAAGGAAACGGCUGUCAUACGUCCGCUGGCAGUUCUUAAUGGACUUGUCAAGAGACCUUCCUCAGUGCGGUUGGUUUAGCGAGCUUUAUCCCUGUAAGUGCUCAAAAGCCGCCAUGAAAUUGAAGGAUGUGGGGGAAGUAAUCUCGAAGCCUUCCAGCCUUUGUCGGAUCCAGUCUCUGGAGAAGUUCAAACACCGCAAAGUCGAACCACCACUUCUGCAUGCUGUUGUCAUGGUAUUAGGCUUCGUGGACCACAACUGGGCAGGAUUGCCCAGUGUCAACCUGCGAGGCUUCAAGACAUCUUCGGUACGGGCAAGCAAAUCCUCGCCAAGCCAUCUUAACAAAAAGCUGACCUCCAAUAAUGCAGCUUUCCAUCAAAGUUAUCUGCCGUUGGCCGGCGCUCCGCCGGUACCUCUUCCUCCAAUGGUUAAAUCCUGCGCCCCAACACCAACUCCUAGCCAACCUGAACUGCUGGAGAACCCCGGCUCAAUUGCACGUGGAGCAGGCGGUGGCCCGAUUUCUGAUGACGAUACACGGUUCAUCCAGAAUGAUCCACCAACAUUCUGUGCAGCGCUUGGCUGGCAGAUUCCAAAUCCUAGCAAGUGGAACAUAAAAUCAACCGGGCAAAAGGUUACUGAUGGGAUGAAGUCUAACCAAAUAUUUUAUGGAGAGCAAGUAUUGGAUCGGUGGAUUAUCACUUCUAGUUGCAAUUCCUUUGAGCUCAUGCAGGCUGGCGUCGGACUGCGGAUUCAGGGUUGUCCAAAUCUUUGCGUAGCGGAACCUCCGUUAGUAGUACAGAAGUCCACGAGACCGACGGUGCUUCCCUGGGGAAUGGAACUAGAUGCUAGGCUCACGAAAGCUAACCUAUCCUUCUCCAACCUGCAACAUGGCUUCAUGAGAGAGAUUGAUACUAUGGUGGGAAGUGCAAAGAGUGACCGCGGCAAGCUGAGGCGAGGCGGCUGCACAAUUCCGUCGCGAUCUUUAUCACCCGUGCACCGCAUCGCUGUGUUUGCUGACAGCUGCAUGAUGAUUGUCUGUUUGAGGUAUAUGUGCGGGGGGAAGAAUGCGACCUGUUGUACUUUACUUGAGCGCGAGGCUGGCUCUCAGCCUAGCACGGCAAUUAUCGAGGCAAAGGGUGGGAGAAGGAAGACGUAUGAGAAUAGCUGUGGAAUCUCCUUAGUACAAGGAUGCGAGAUGGCUAACCUUGAUUCAGAUUGCGGACGCAGGCUUCAAAAGGCUUCAUUCGCCGCAAAGGGGACGGAAGAGGCUGGCCAUCUGCGACUUCACGGGUCUUCAAAGCUAUUCUUGUUACGGACUAGCGCUAUCGGCGAAUUGUUUGUUCCGAUCCGCUUAGCGAACCCACCACGAAAUUGGCACCAGCAACUUCAAGUUUUUAGUUUCGACACGCCAACCCCAACACCGACAACCACUUUGCGACGGAAGACAUCUACAAGGUUAGUCUUGGCCCCCCUCGUCUUCACAAUAUAUUCGGUCUGGAUUGCCCGCCACAGAGCCACUGAGAGCAUCCACCCUAUGAAUUCGCGGCAACCCCACCGAGCCUUUGCUUCUCACAGACCUGUGGAGGCAGUUGAUAUAGCUGAUUUUGGUGGUUCUGCAUGCGGGCAAUCCGA